AUGGCGUCCUUCCUGCGAGCCCCGGCCGGACUGCGCAGUGUCGGUCGUCUAACAACUCCAGCUCGAUCCUCGUUGAGAUCAACGCCUUUCCGAACUUUGGCGACGAGCACCAACAAACGUAAAGCUGCCGCUGUAGCCCAGGCUCACAUCGAGACUCCUUCAAUGGACACAGCAUUCUUUCCCGAUGAGCCCGUUGGGCCCACGGUCGUUACGCCUAUACCCGGCCCACAGAGCCAAAAGGCCAUUGCAGAGCUUCACAAAAUAUUUGAUACUCGCAGCCUCAACAUGCUGGCAAACUACCAACAGAGUUACGCCAACUAUAUCGCAGACCCUGAUGGAAACGUGCUGCUCGAUGUGUACGCCCAGAUCGCCUCCAUCCCUGUCGGUUACAACAACCCUUCGCUCCUGCUAGCCGCUACCAGUCCAGAGAUGGCCUCUGCGAUAAUCAAUCGACCCGCGUUGGGCAACUUCCCUUCUCACGACUGGGCCUCAAUCCUGCAAACCGGUAUACUUCGAGCGGCACCCAAGGGCUUGAACCAGGUCUUCACUGCCACGGCCGGUUCCGACGCCAAUGAGACCGCCUACAAAGCCGCUUUCAUGUGGAAGCGACAGCAAGAGCGUGGCGGCCGAGACGUGGAGUUCACCCCAGAAGAGAUCGAGAGCACGAUGAAGAACCAGAAGCCCGGCUCCCCGGAUAUGUCAAUCAUGUCGUUCAAAACUGCCUUCCACGGCCGCCUGUUUGGAACUCUAUCGACCACGCGCAGCAAGCCCAUCCACAAGAUCGAUAUUCCAGCCUUUGACUGGCCUCAAUGCUCCUUCCCCUCUCUGAAGUACCCGCUCGAACAGCACGCGGAGGAGAAUGCGGCCGAAGAAAAGAGAUGCCUCGAGGAAGCUGAGCAUAUUAUCAAAACUUACCACAAUCCCGUUGCGGCUGUGAUCGUCGAACCCAUCCAGUCCGAAGGCGGCGACAACCACGCCAGUCCAGCCUUCUUCAGAGGUCUCCGAGAAAUCACCCGCCGCAACAAUGUCCUUUUGAUCGUCGACGAAGUGCAAACCGGUGUCGGCGCGACAGGCAAAUUUUGGGCCCACGAUCAUUGGAACCUGGAAGAUCCACCGGACAUGGUGACAUUCUCCAAGAAAGCACAAACGGCGGGAUACUACUUUGGCAACCCAGACUUGCGACCGAACAAGCCAUAUCGACAAUUCAACACCUGGAUGGGCGACCCGGCGCGAGCAAUCCUCUUCCGCGCCAUCAUUAAUGAAAUUGAGAGAUUGAACCUGGUGGAGAAUACAGCGAUGGUUGGUGACUACCUAUAUCAAGGCAUUGAAAGGCUCGCUCAACAAUAUCCUCAACAAUUCCAAAACCUCCGAGGGAAAGGGCAGGGGACUUUUAUUGCGUUUGAUAAUCCCAAACGUGACGAAUUCCUGGCCAAGGCUAAGACGCUUGGUAUUAAUAUUGGUGGCAGUGGAGCUUCGGCUGUGAGGUUGAGGCCGAUGCUGAUAUUCCAGAAGCACCAUGCUGACAUUCUGCUCGAUGCUUUUGAGAAGCUGGCCAAGUCUCUGUGA